CUCAAAGUCACUUUUCACUUUCACCCAAAGAUAUCACAAUCUCUUUAACAGUUCUCUAGUUAUCCCUUUUUCAUCCCUAAUCUCGCAUCUUGUAAUCAAAACAUAACCUAUUUUCAUCCUUAGCGAGUCACUUUUUUGAACACACUUUCACGUUAAAACAACAAUGGAGAAGCUACAGAAGAUGAUCUCCGAGAAGUCAGUUGUGAUCUUUAGCAAAAACUCUUGCUGCAUGUCUCACACAAUCAAGACUCUCUUCUUAGACCUUGGUGUAAACCCGACAAUCUAUGAACUAGACGAGAUAACCAGAGGAAAAGAGAUAGAACAAGCAUUGGCUCAGCUUGGCUGCAGUCCUACUGUACCGGCGGUGUUCAUAGGAGGGCAACUCGUUGGUGGAGCCAAUCAAGUCAUGAGCCUCCAUCUCAAUCGUUCUCUCCUUCCAAUGCUUAAACGCGUUGGGGCUUUAUGGCUUUGAUUAAAUUAAGGGGGAUACUUACGUAGAACGUAGAUUUAUAAAUGAUAAUAAUAAUGUAAUGAGACUGAUCAAUUAUGACAAACGAAAAUUUUCGAAAUUUAAAGCAUAACAUGUUCAAAACCAUUUCUUCUUA